AAAGCAUUGUAAACGCGAGGGAAGAUUGGAAAGUCAGAAGUAUUCGUUUUUUAUAGUUUCAAAUUUAAAUAAACAGCCUGGCAUGGAACAGAAGCCCGUAGCUGGGAAGCAUCUUGGAGGCAUUUUAAGAAUAUUUGCCAAGUCGGUGCGAGAUGCUGCAAAAAACAAGAAGCCAACCAAAUCCAAACCUCUAGAAAGUAAAGUCAGUAGCUCUGACGAUCAGAAUGAUGGCACUGCAUCUGAUACCUCACCUAGAUCUGAAGCCAGGUCAAAGACUAUCAUAAGUGGUGAUGGGGAACACCUUAGGCAAAUCCUGACCAUUAGAACUAGACGUAAUUCUGAGAACAUUGUGAACAAACAAGAUGUCAAUGAUCUUCAGGAACAAAAAACAAUUUCCAGUGUAUCCAAAACACUUUCACUUGAUAAUCUAGCUGAUCACAGCUUUGAGGGAAAAGAAAAUCACUACCCUAAAUUUCAGAAGAACAAGGAGGACUCCCCGAAGAAAAUGGAGGAUUGGGGGUCAGAUUUACUGGAUGUUGAUUCUUGUAGGAGUGAUAAUAGUCAUGAUAGUGCUGUAGUCAGUUCAGGUCUGUGUGGUGGUAGUAGUGUCACCCCUGCAGUUAGUUCAGGCAGGAGGAAAUCCAGUUCAGAUGUUUGCCACAGAACAGUCAUCUCUCAUGACAUCCAUGUUCAGCUUAAAGAACAAGAGUGUACCUCCAGUUCAGUGAAUAGCACCACUCAGAAGGUCUGUAAACAAUCUAAAGAACAGGAGAGUUUGAGAGUCAGAGGAGAAAAGUUAAAGAAGAGCGAGAAAACAGAUAGAUAUCACAAGCAUCAUCGACAUGGUUUUCAGAAAGAAAAUGAGUCCAAGUUUCAUGACAAACCAGUGGAGAAUACCAGAAAAGAUGUUAAUAAGGUACACAAGAAACACAACAUUAAAGAUGGAAUGCCUCAAAAUAUGGUUAAGGAUUCUUGUCAACCAAUGACUCACAAGUUUUCUGAAACAAAAGAAGGUGACCGGAUACAAGGUAAAGAAAAGGAUAGUACUGACCAGAUUGACUCAAAACACCCAAAGAACCUUUCACACAACUGUAUCGAUAAUGGAUCAAGUAAUGAUGAAGACUGGUCCUCGGAACUUCUGGUAGUGGUUUCAAGAUCAUCUCCCAAGCUGACUGAUGAUGCUUCGAUUUUAUGUAGUACUACAGACAUACAGGAGGACAACUUGGUGAUGUCACCAGAAGAAAACAGUGAUUCUGUAUCCCUUGACUCUGAGCAAGAUUUAAGAACAGUGAAAAUUGAAGUAAUGAAGGGUGAAAAUGAAAGAUUUCAUUCCAGUCAAUGUUCAGCUGUUUUUGCUGAAGAAAUGUCUGAUUCUCUUGAUGUCACACUGACUGGUGGGGAAGAUGAGGAUUGGUCCACUGAUCUCAUGUCAGUUCCAUCCUCAGCAAGUACUUCUCCAGAAAGUGGGAGGAAUCUAGCUAUUGCUGAAGAAUAUGACAAUACACACCAAAAUGAUCAACCUUGUCAUGGUGGUAAUGAAGUUUCUGAUUCAGAAGGCUGUCCUUUGGAGGAAGCUUCCUGUCUGUCUCAGUCCAACCAAAGUGAUGACUUAGAGGCUGAAGGAAGUUUCAAGAAUGUUCUUGUGGAAGGGGACGAGUAUUUGAAUGAAAAAGACAUAAAAAUAAGGAAACAGGUAGUUGAUCCUGCGUCCAGACAGUAUACUGGCUUUGUGGACGACAGUUCUGAUAUGGCAAGUGAUCAUGAAUGUGUGUCCGAUUUAGAUUCUCAAGGGUCUGGUAUUGGCAGAACUGAGUCUGUAAAUGAUGACAUUGACAACUAUAAUUUCCUGUCUCAAGAGGACUACCAGGACCAUGCACCUACAUGUACAUGCCACAUACAGUCAGAAAAUGAUUGUAGCAGAAGGGAAAAAAAAGAGGCUAGAUCAGUUUCAUUUGGAAAUGUUAAUCAGGACCUACCGAAAAAUUUGCAACACAGAUUCCAUGAGGAACAGCUACCUAAAGACCGAACAAGAGAAGAGAUGUCUCAAGACACAGGUUACCAUAUCCAGGAUACUCCCCCAGGGAACUGUUACCCUUUUCUGUGUAUUCCUUUAGAGAAUAUUAAAUCAAGAGCAUCGAUUGAGAAGCUUAUGGAGUAUAUUGCAAAUGUUGAUCUUGGCCAUCAAAUGUAUCCCAUGGAAGCGAGGAACAACCAUCAGGACCAGGGAGGGAGUGUUUGGUUUAAUGUCACCCAGAACCCUGACAGACAGGAGCUUCAUGUUGGAAUGAAUCCCCACCACCCUCCAAAUCAUGCAGGAGGCUAUCCAUGGACCUGGCCUUAUGGGUGGACACCUUACACGGAUCCAAGAUAUGAGAUGUAUGACCCCAACAUGUCGCCCAGCAGACUCAAGGCUUACUAUGACAGCAUCUGGCAUAAUUAUCAGAGUGGCUAUCCAUAUUCAUACAUGCAUAGUUGGGAAGGUGUGGACUCAAAAAUGCCAGCUGAUGAUUGCCAGUCAGCUCAUCCAGUUCCCCAUGUGGCUACAAGGGAUCAGAAAAUUGUGGACUAUGAAUCCAGUAGCGAGGAUGAGAUCAUGGCCAAACUUGCAAGCAAGCAUAUGAUGGGUCCAAUUUACAGGAGUACUGGCCAUCAGAACUAUGUUGGUGCAGAACCUGGCCGUAAAUCAUAUGCAGCAUGUGUUACAGGGAACAAGAGAUCAUUGCCAGAAAAUCUGAGGGUGUCUGGAAAGAAGCUUCACAAUCUUGGUGCUCCCAAACCAGCCAAAGCCAUGCCUGGUGUUUAUGUAGACUGGAACAAAAGCAUGUUGUAUGAUAAACAAGAACUUGAAAUCUUGAACAAAGAAAAAGUGUGGGAGAAAACUCAGAGACAGGUGAUAGAACAGUGUAAGAUGUCCUCUGUUGAUGGAGAACAGAGAAAUGUUACUCAGGGUUUGAUGAAUAAUGAACGCAGAAGCACUGAUGGUACAAAUCCGAAGCUUUGGAGUCAGACACGGAGAAAUCGGUUCAUUACUGACAAUCCAGACCUUCAAGAAACUUAUGAGUUGGGAACAUGUGACAGGAAAGAAAGUAUUUCAGGAGGGAUGAGAGAGGCGAUGAAAUCUGCUGGAUGCUAUCCUUAUGACAGAAUUCAAAAAAUGACUCCUAAGUAUGAGGAAACAGAGAAUUGUUGUAAGAAGACCCACAUUCCACAGUUAAUCCCACCAGGGCAGUGGUCAAGCUGGGCCAUUGGGAAGAGUCCAGAAUCUUUGAAGAGGGAAACCCAUACUUCUGGCAUUCCUGAAUAUGGUCAAGCAUCAAGAAAUGAGACGGAAAGCAACCCAAUACUGUCCACUCCAUCGCCACCUCCUCCUGUGCCUGUAUGUCCCCCGUACUGGGGAGAUCCGAGGAUGAGCUUCCCGGUGCCUACAUUUUACCCUCCCCAGUGGCUUCCAUCGUUCCCAAACAACUACUCCCCAGGAUUCAUGCCUUAUCCUCCACCACCAAGUACCACUAGCCCAACGAACAUCAGCCCAGCUAUGAAUACAGGCUCCACAACCAUCUCUAGUCCUACAUCUACCUCUUCUCGCUUCCCAUACAGAAGCCAACAGACUACUUCUUUCAGAAGCAGGACAGCGUCGGAACCAGCACCAGUUGUUGAUCAAAUUACAGAGAGGGUCGAGGAGCCAGGUGUGGACAAGUCAUGUAAAAGUUAUUUCCUUGCUGCUAAGAACAGACGUGUGUCUGAUUCUGUUUUGAGGACUGACAGUGAGGAAUUUGUGCCAAGAAGAAGUUCAUACGCAUCACGCCUACAAAAUGAUGCCCGACUCAAUGCAAACUUUCCUCAACUUGAUUGGAGGAUCCGUCUAAAAAGUCGGUGUAAAGGGUAUGGAGUAGGGUUCAUUGACACCCACUGCCAUUUAGACUUUCUAUUCAAUAGGGAGGGCUUCAAAGGAACCUUUGCCAAGUACAUGUUGAAACAUGAAGAAACAUUCCCUGAGAACUUUGAGGGCUGUGUGGCAGUGUUUUGUAAUCCAGCAUCUUUUCUACCAAAAAGUGGUUUGUGGAGGGAUGUGGUGAUGGAAAGUAAUGUAUGGCUAGCCAUGGGCUGUCAUCCGAAGAAUGUAACCAGUUUUGACACAGUGGCUGUGGAAGGUCUCAAGCAAUGCAUUAAUCAUCCCAAAAUCAUUGCAGUUGGAGAGAUAGGACUUGACUACUCUGGAACAUUCCGCCAACAUGAAGUGCUACAGAAGAAGAUGUUUGCUUACCAGCUGCAGCUGGCCCUGGACGUGAAGAAACCACUGGUCAUCCACUGUCGGCAGGCCGAGGAGGACUGUCUGGCUAUUAUGGAAGAGAUUGUUCCCAAAAACUACAAGAUCCAUUGUCACUGUUUCACUGGCACAUAUGAGCAGUGCAAAAAGUGGCUCACCAAGUUUCCCAAGCUGUACAUUGGCCUCACCAACCUUGUGUCAUUCCGCUCUGCCACGCCCACUCAUGAAGUUGCUAAGUACAUCCCUCUAGGAAGACUGCUGUUGGAAACAGAUGCCCCUUACUUUGUCCCUAGACAGAUACCAAAAGGAGCAUUUGAGUUGUCACAUCCAGGGAUGGCAGUCUUGGUUGCAGAAGAAGUGGCCAGAAUUAAGGAGAUACCUGUCGGACAGGUUCUUAAAGCCUGUCGCAACAACACGCUUGCCAUGUAUGGUAUAUGAAAGAGAUGCAGCCGGUGAAUGGUAACUUGAUGUCACGUGUCAUUUUGCAGCAUGAAGACUUUUUUGAAAGAAGAUUCACUGAGUGGUGUUCUAGUUGUGAAAGUUUUCACAUGACUGUUUUGUUAUUCUUUCCUGAAAUUGUAUUGUCCAUGGUUUAAAAUGAUAAUUAUUACCAGAUAAGCAUUAAGUCACUGGCUAUUUCUUGGUUGUGAGGGCAAAACCCCAUCCUUUAUAGACUUCUUAAAUAAGAAAACAGUUAAGUGAGACCAAUGUUAGUAUUCACAUAUUUUCUUAAUGAUUUCUGUGUGAAGAUAAUAAUCUGGGCAUAAUAAUAUACAAAAUAUGACAUGGUUACAUUAUGAGACCCUCUUUAAUUUAAAGCCAGCCCCAAAACAUGGAUUAAUUAAACAUGUGGACUCAUGAGGAUUUUCAAAUAUACUAUUCAAAAAAAGUUAAGGACCACCUGAUUCUUUCAUAUUAUUAUAGUCAAUCAGUCAUGGCCUAACACAAUAACUACAGUAAUAUGAAAGAAUCAGAUGAUCCUUAACUUCUUUUGGGUAGUAUAUAUUUUUAUUACACUUCAAUUUUAUGAUGCUAAUAAAAACAUUCUAUCAUCCAACAGUGUGAAAAGUCAGAGUUUUGUUUGCCAUUGAAUCAAGCAUCUUUUGUAGGUGUAGAAUAUAUCUACAGUAAUGUUAUAUGCACACUGAAAAAAAUAAUCAAAAUAGAAAAAAGAGAAAAAAUGGUUAGACAAAGAGAGAGAAAAUAAUAAAGGUAUAUGCUGGGAAUGUAUAGUCACGCCAGCAACAAUUUAGUUCAAUAAACCUGGAUCUGGAUAGGUAGCGGAAUAGCCUAGUGGGGAAUAAGAGUUGGCUUGGCAGCCAUAAUUAGACAUGGGUAUAUUAUAUAAAACUUCAAUAUUGCAAUAAGCUGUGUAAUACCAUAAUAUAAUUAUCUUUUCUAAUGAUCUUUAUGUUACGUAAAGCAAUGGGAGUAAGAUUUCCCCUUUGAAUUUACUGUAAAUGUUGUUUUGAAUUCCAUUUGUUUUUAGUGCUUUGGUCCUAUUGUGUAAUAUGUUUUCAUGCACUGUAUAUUAUCUUCAAGGGAAGCUGAGCUCAUUGUUCUACUUUCACCUGUUGAUAGUUGAUCAGUUCAGAAAUUCAUAUCCUAUUUGUAUUCAAGAUACCGAUCGAGUUCAGUCAGAUUGGCAAAUACUGGUAGGCUUUUCCUGAAACUUUAGGAUUUGCUAUAGAGAUGAUCAAUUGAACUCUUACAAAACAUUGUGAUUGUAAGUGUAACAACAGCUUUCUCAGUGUGUACUGUGACUGGUAUUGUCAGUCCAGGUGAUAUAUAAACCAUUGCUCCAUCCAUAUUAUCCAUAUACAUUCAUGUAUCCAAAAUAAUGGUUGGGAGAUGUCCCUCAGUAUUUUGUUGAAUCCAAGGUAAUAACAUAAGGUUGGUCAUGUUCUGAAACAAAUAUCUUUGCUCUUGAAAUAACAGUGAUUUCAAUGUUCAGCUUGUCCAAACUUUUAGUGAACGGAUUAUAUGAUGUGCAAAUGCAUCGCUGCCCCCAUUCUUAAAGGUUACUGAAAUGUGACCUAUGUGGGAGAAAAUGACAAAUCAGUGCUGAAGUUUGCUUGUCUCUUACAUGGUGUUUCUGACCAAAGUAAUUGCUCACUUGUGAAAGGUGUGAGUGGUAUUGAAUUUUAUCAGUGAAACUGUUUUCAGAUAUUUUCUAAAGAAACUACUCUUUGAUCGUUGCAUUGUGUUAAUUGAAGGCUAAAUUAGGACUAUUUUCAACCUGUGACUUUAGCCAAUAGUCCGAAGCCCUAGUCUAGUAAAAGUAUGUUUGGCCUAGUAAGCUCAGCUAAUACUAGACCAUAUAUUAACACUAAAAUCAGUGGAAAUAAUGAAAGAGUCUUGUUCGAGCUUGUAGACUCGAAAGUUUUUGGCAUGGACUGUAUUUUGAAUUUCUGUUAAGUUUGCUUUCUAAUACCAGUGUCAGUGUGUCAUUUGUAUACAGCUUUCAUGACAGUGGGACUCCCUGGCCAUCUGCUUUGAUCCUGUGAAUUUGCAUAAGAUUCAAGUUUUUCUGUACCAGGCCAAGAUCUGGGAUUUCAAAGGAGGGCAGAUAUACUUUGUAUAUAUAUUAAAAGACAUAUCUUCAGAAAGAAAACAUCUACCAUUUUUGUUGAACAACACACGUCGUGUAAACCAUGUCGACAACCCUCUAGUACAACAUAGUGAUAUUAUAUUUGACCAUGAUUUACCACAAAGAGAUCUGUCAUUUUCUUUCUGUAGGGUAUAUGAAAUAUGGUGCUAAUUUGAGAUUUUGUGGUUCAAAGUAUUCAUAUGUGCUGCCAAACAUCUGUUCAAUUUGUUACAACCUUCCUUGGAUCAUUAAAUCUUUACUAUGGUUCUA